AUUUGCAACAAAAUGUAUCCUAUAGUGAAUGAACAUGAUGAGGUAUAUCCAGCUCAUCAUAGCCAUCCAAACUAUGUUAUACCAGUGGUGCCUCCAAGUUAUGGCACUCCACAACCAAUACAACCUUAUGCUCCUCCAUACAUCACCACCAGUGGCAGUGUCAACACACACAGAUGGUCAACUGGUCUUUGCCGUUGUCUUGAUGAUCCUGGAAGCUGUUUCGUCACUUGCUUCUGCCCUUGCGUUACAUUUGGAUUGAUUGCUGAGAUAAUAGAUAAAGGCAAUACAACUUGCACUUGUCAUGGGGCUAUUUAUGGGACGCUACUAUCUCUGACUGGGCUUGCAUGCUUGUAUUCGUGCUAUUAUCGGUCCAAAUUGAGGGCACAAUAUAACUUACCAGAGGCUCCUUGUAUGGACUGUUUAGUUCAUUUCUGUUGUGAAACUUGUGCUCUAUGUCAAGAGUAUAGAGAGCUUAAAAACCGGGGAUUUGACUUGAGCAUAGGCUGGGACGCCAACGUGGAAAGACAAGGGCAAGGAGUUACAGUAGCACCAGUAAUUUCACAAUCUAUGAGAAGAUGAAAACUGAAACAUUUUUAGGAUCUUUUGUCGCUACCCUGAGAGCUGGUGGUGCUGUUAAUUUCAAUUCUCAAAUCCUUUAUGCAUAUUCUGUUUGCUGUUUUUGUUUGAGUGUUUUUAAUUUUUAUUAUUCAAAAGAUAUAAAAAAAAUUGUGUCAUUCUAAUCCGCAAGUAUCAGGCUCCAUUCCAGUUCCAAUCUCAAAUUUUAGUCUUAUCAGUCUGUAAUCCAAAAAUUGAAAUAUUUUUAUGUAUAUUAUUACUAUUUAUUUA